AUGCCGAGUAUAAUUAGUAAUAGCGAAGUAAUUAGAAAACCUGAAAACUGUAAAAUGCAGCUGGAGUCUUUAGAACUGGCGGGGUGUACACUCGAUCGGUACAUUACUUGUGAUAAUUCCCGCCCUUCUUUUCUUGAGAUAACUGGUAUAGCAGUACAAGGUACUCCAACAUGUAGUGGCCUAAACGCUGGUGACUACAGAAAUCUAGCAGCUUUAUUAAAUCAUUCCACUUUAUCCCAAUUAAAGAUUUUGAACAAAGUUCCACUGCCACCAGAAAUAAUGGAACACUUUGCUCACAUGCAGUGCCAUUGCUUGAUGGGUGUAUUUCCAGAAAUAAGCAGAGUGUGGUUAGCUAUAGACAGUAAUAUUUAUGUUUGGGCUUUUGAACAUGGCAGUGAUGUAGCAUAUUUCGAUGGUUUGGGGGAAACAAUAGUAAGUGUGGGCCUAGUCAAACCAAAGCCAGGUGUAUUUCAAAGUUUUGUAAAAUACCUCUUGGUUUUAACUACAACAGUGGAAAUAGUAGUUCUAGGUGUAACAUUUUCAAGUAAUAAACAAGAUGGAUCUUCUGAGUUCGAAGAAAUACAUUUAGUUCCUGAACCGGUGUUUGUGUUGCCAACUGAUGGAAUUUCAAUGUUAUGUGUUAAAUCAACCUGUAGAGGAAGAAUUUUUAUGGGCGGAAAGGAUGGAUGUCUUUAUGAAAUAACUUACCAGGCACAAUUAGGUUGGUUUGGAAAACAUUGUAAAAAAAUUAACCAUUCAACAAGUGCCCUUUCAUUCCUAGUGCCUUCAUUUCUUAAUGCUGCAUUGUAUGAUGAAGACCCUAUAGUUAAAAUUGAAGUUGAUAAUUCUCGGCAUAUUUUAUAUACACUUAGUGAGAAGGGUUGUAUAGAAGUUUUUGAUCUUGGUGAAGAUGGUGAAGAUAUUAGCAAGAUUACAAGAUUAACACAAAAUCGAAUUGUUGCAUCAGCUUUGGAUAUAGUAAAAACAGUAGAAACUAAUAACUUCAAGCCAGUUAUCGCAAUAUCUGCUGUUGAGGAAUGUGAAUCAGAACAUUUAAAUCUAGUUGCCAUCACACAAUCUGGAGCUAGAUUAUAUUUUAGCACAGGUUGUAGAGAUGUUAACGAAGGAGGUCCAGCUAGGCCCCAGGACCUCAUUUUAUUACAUGUGAGGUUUCCACCAGGCUUCACACCAAAUGCAUCAGUUCUGAAACCGAAACAAGUCCACAAUGCUGUAUAUGAUAAUGUUAUGACUAAGACUCUGGCGUAUGUCCUGCUGCUGAUGUCGAACUAUUUUCUCCGAGAAGGGGGCUUGCAUUUUAUUUUAAAAAGGAAUCCUUCAGCAAUAAAGCUAAUUCUUACCUUCUCCCCCAAAUGGAUGGACCAAAAAUGUGUAAGUUUACUGAAUAGACCAUUACUGCACAAUGUUAAUAACGGACAAACGCAGGCUGAAUGCCCAUGGUACCUAGACUAUCUAAAGUGGGCGCAUCUCUCACCUGCCCUACUUGCUAAGAAAGACCCAUGGUCGGGCUCCCGUUGGGCGGUGGUGAGUGCGUGGGGCGCCGCCCUCAUAAGCGCCGGUGCUCCGCCAGAUCUUCUCCGGGCCUUGCUAAGGGACUAUCGUGGACCCGAUGCACAGCCUGUUAAAGAUUUGUUUCAGCUACAAGGCUACGAUCAGGCUUGCGCGUGCGCAUUGUAUCUCGCGUGCGAAGAAGCUACAAGUGGCGACCUCACCAUAAGCGAGUGGGCGUCGCGAGCGUUCUUCAUUUACGGAACCCAAGCUGCGCCUGCGCCGCUUCAGUCGCAUCAGAUCUCACAGGGACCUAGCAUAGGAUCACCAAAAUUCUCACCUCGCCAAAUGUCAACACCAAUGUCUAGACCGCAAGAAAUGAGGCCGCAGGUUCAAUCCUUCCAACAAAUGAAUCAAUCGCUGGGCAAUCAAUCCAUGAUGUCUCCAUACCAGAAUGUCAGUCAGACGGCCUUCAACCAAUCGUCAUUUGUGGGGAACAUGAGUCAGCCAAGAGAUUUCCAAAUAGAAUACAGCGCUAAGCACAACGGCCUAUACAUUUAUGUGGGAAGAAUUUUGUGUCCUAUAUGGAAUUUGAAGUGUGUCACCAAGUCACUCACGCCCGAUAAGAAGGAAUUUAUGUCAAGUAAAGUGACGGGUGAGGAUUGUGCGUUCAUAGUGAAGAAGUUACAGCGAGUGUCAUCUUUCAUGCAAAGGGUGGUGGCGCCACCGCAUUCUGACGAACAUGCUUCUAUUCACGCGCUCAAGAUAUUUAUAACGAUGGCCAUAGAAAUGUUGAGUUUAUGGAAGGUACUGUGUGAACAUCAGUUCCACGUGGUAGCAGCCAGCUUGCCACCCGAGCAGCAGCAAGCGUUGCAGGCUGCCUGUUUUCGGGAGUUGUUAGUUGGUGGUCAGGAAGUAGCGUGCCUACUUCUGGGUUCACUCGUCGCGGGCUACCUUCGAGACAACGCCUCGGUGGAUGGCAUUUCUCAGAAAUUACGACAACUCUGCCCCAGUUUGUAUAGACAAGAGGACGCCACUUGCUCGAAGGCAAAUGAAUUAUUGAUAUUUGCAAAACAACAGAAGAAUUCGGCAGAACGCGAAGAAAUGCUCCAACAGGCUCUUAAACUCUGUAAAGAUGUGGCUCCCAACGUAAAUCUGCCCCUGGUUUGUUCAAAACUGCUAUCGGCUGGGUUUUAUGCUGGAAUCGUUGAAUUGUGCGUGACAUGCGCUUCGAAAAUCGAUCCCCAGGACAGAGCAAUAUAUUACUACAAAAGCGACCAGCCCUCACAAGACCGGGAAGGGCAUUUGUUGUACUACAAACGUAUGGAGAUAUACCGUGAAGUUUGCACUGCCCUCGAGCGACUGUACGAACGCAGCGCUGAGGGCAACUCGGAAUCCUCUCCUCAACGCGCGCAUGCGCAGACUACUGACGCAUUACUUACUAUGUCGCCCGCUGAUGCCAAUUAUCAGGGAAGGAAAUUAGUAUCGGAGUGCUUGUCAAGAGAUGACGAACUUCUACACGUGGCUAUCUAUGAAUGGUUGAUAUCUAAGAAUUUAGGGGCAGAAUUGGUAACUCUAAGCGGUGUUGCGCCGGCGUCUCUCCGUACCUACUUAACGGCCGCUGCGCGACAGGCUACAGGGCGGACGGCACUUCUACUUCUCGACUUGUUGUGGAAGGUCCUAGAAAAGGCCGGGGACCAUCUAGCGGCUGCUGAGGUCCUUGAGGGACUCGCUACCAGACCAGGAACGGGUGCAAAUCUAUCCCAACGCAUGUCGUGGUUGUCCGCUGGCGUGGUCUGCGUCCGUGGUGCCGGAGGUGCAGGAGGGGAGUUGGUUCGUCGCCUGGAAGAGGCCAGCGAGGUGGGCCGGGUGCAGGUGGCCGUUAGGGCUGCAGCCAAGUCUCCUCCGGUGCCACCUGCGCUGCUCCAUCGCCUGGAUGACGAGCUGCUGGAUAUUACACAGCUAUACGAAGAAUACGCGGACCGAUACAACCUUUGGGAGUGUAAACUGGCCAUAGUUCAAUGUUCUGGUCAUAACGAUGCGCUGUUGGUUGAGAAUAUAUGGAGCAAUAUUCUUGCUGAAGCAGAGAACGCCGCCAGGGGCUUACUCUCGCCUGAUGAGAAACUAUCCUCUGUACUCAGCAAGUUAACCACAUUGGGACGGGAGUACGUCAAUUCGGGACAUUGCUUUCCCUUAUAUUUCAUCGUCCGACAGUUGGAAAUACUAAGUUGUAAAAUACAAGCUGAAAAAAGUAUGGUUUUUAAAACUAUUUUCAACAUUGGGGUUUCUUUAGAGCAAGUUUUGGAUAUUUAUGUCAAAUUGGUGAGCGUAAACGAACGGGUGUGGCUGGGCUGCGGUGACGAAUCGCAUGUGUGCGGCGUUGCCGUACUUCUCCUGCAACAGGCGAGGAGCGAGGUUGCCAAUCUGCCUGCCGCGCCUCGGCGAAGAGCCCUCGCUCGUUGCAAGGACCUACACGAAGCCGCUUUAUCCGCCUUACAGAGUCGACCCAACACCCAAGUCUUAAUCGAUAAAAUUACUGUGGCGCAGGCGCAUUUGGACAGAAUGGAUUAA